UAGCGAUCGCCUAUAAUCCUUUUAUCUUUUUCUUGCUCAAUAAUAACAUUGGGUCCAAAAUAUUAGAAAGGAGAUCACAUGACAAAGUUAAGUAUCUUUAUCCUUUCCUGAAUUAGCACCAGUCUAGAAUAUUCAAGUUUCAAAUCUAAACAGCUGAGGGGAAAACAGUUCAUAUUUAAAAGGGAAGUACUCGCAAAAUGCACAAAUGGAAGUAAUCUCACUUUCAACUGAGCACACUCAAUCUGUCGAUGAAUGUGCUCAUCUUCAAUCGACUUUAUGGAAUACAACAUUCUAUAUAUUAGGUUCAAAUACGAGCCUUAUAGUAAGCAGUAGGACUUGUCUGUCUUUGUAAUACAUUUUCAUACCCACUGUGAGACGAAGUCCAAUAUUCGCAGCCAUUUGAUUCAAAAUCAGUAGGCCGGCAAUGUGUUGUCAAAACGACUGGUAGCGGUAACAUUUUGUAGGCAAUGGCACUCGAUAUUUUCUGAUCGCUUUAUCCAUGACUUGGCGUUGUCUACUUGCUUAUAUAUUAGGAAGAAAAAAGCUCCGAUAUCUUCUUGCAGUAAUAUGCGUAAUUCUAUAUCUAUAUACAACACUAAUUCGGUUGAUGAUGUUUGGAGGAAUCGAAAAGAUUGAAGAUCGUACGCUCAAGACUUCCAAAGACAUACAUUUAGGAUUUUCACAGAUGUCCAAUGACGAGCUUCAGUGGAUCCCUCAGGAUCCAGAGACAGUAGAAAGAUUUGGGGAAUGGAAUACAUCAUUGGGUAGAAAAUAUAUAAUAAUAUUUCGACAUUACGAGCAACUUGGUCGAGCUACCAGUAACCUGUUGGCACUUUGUGCUAUAGCCAAACAUGGUGAACGAAAUGUUGUUGCACCUUUUGUGAAUAAUUCAAGAAUGGCUGGUCUUCCAUAUGGAGUUGGUCAUCAUUUUCGCAAGAAACGCAUCAUCAGUUUCAGUCCAUUUCAGACCUAUUUUGAUGUAAAACAAGUCAACGAACUAUUAAAGUCAAACGGAUACAGUACUCUUACAUCUUUUCAUGAAAUGGAAAAAAAUUGUAAUCGCAGAUUAGACGUGGUCGUGCACUUCUUAUAUCACAAAAGAAAAUCAAUCGAGGAUGCAAUGUCAUGGUAUAGAAUCAGUGAACUCGAAUUACAAAAUAUUUAUUCUAGUGCCCGGCAAAACGAUGGCUGGACGAAUUGCCCAUACAUAAAAAAAUCCAACAUUGCUCAACAGCUAGGCGAAUUUAAAAUCAGUCGUUAUCUUUGUAUAGAUCCGGAGAUAAUUCGAACUGUGGAGUCAUUGGAAAACAAAGUUCUUCGCGGUGCUAAUUGUGUUGGAAUCGUUCAAUGGAAAGGUGUUGGUCGUGACAGAAGUCAUUUCGAGUUGUCAAGAACUUCAGUACUAAGACCGUCUGACCUACGCCAUAAUGCUCAAUUAAUAGAUCUUGCAAGAUCGUUCGUAAAGACAUCGGGACUAGGGAAAUCUUUCAUAUCAAUACAUGUACGUGCUGAAAGACAUAUCUUCCGCAAAGGGGAUAAUAUAACUCAACAAUGUUUCAAAAAACUUGCUGCUAGAGUUCAAAAAUUACGAGAGAAACAUAAUUGGAAUGUUUACUUGGCUUGUGAUAUAGUAGACCAUGGUUCUGAUACACUUAUUCAUGACGUAAGUAAACGAAAAAGACUUGCUUUGUAUCGCGAACUGAUGAAAUUACUUCAUUUUCCAAAAACGUUAAGUCGUAUUAAAGGUCUUUAUGACGCUGGAGCGGCUGCCAUUAUUGAAAUGCAUAUCUUAGCUGAAGGUAAAAAAUUAGUUACGCUUGGCGGUGGCAAUUAUCAAGAAUGGUUGGUUCAGUUAUUCACGAGAAAUGUUCGCGAUUUGAGACAUUCACUGUACCGUGUAUGUGAAAUGAGAUAAAUUUUCGAGAGAUACGAACAAUUUUGUUCAAAAUGACCACCUCGAUUACCACUAUAUACCACAUGCAGUAUAAAAACAUUAAGUGAAGAUCUGAUAAGUAUUUCUCACACAAUAUUGUUGUAAUCCCAUAAACUUUUGUUUCUAUUAAUGAAUCGAAGUUUAAAAGAAAUUUAAACCCCCACUAUGUUUGUUAUAUAAUAAACCAAUGAUGAAUCA